GCGUCCAGCAGGCGUGGUGGUGCGGGCGCCCAAUGGGCUUUUUUUCCCCCCUCCAGAGCCGGCUUUCGCCGCUGAGUCGUUUGCAAAGGCAGCCAGGCCGGUCGCUCAUUGGAGAGCUCCGUGGGGCGCAAGUCCAGCCAGCGCCGCCUCUGCCCCCCCCCCUUUUUUUUUGCAUGCUGAGGGGCCGAGGCUGGAAGAAGCAUCGGAGCCAUUCGGGCGUACGCUUGCUUAGCUCUGCUUGUCCGCUUUUGCAAGCGGAGAUCUUCUCUGCUUCUCUCAGGACGCUGGUGCGGGCACCAUGCAUCGCUUGUCGGGGCUGAGCAGGGAAGCCGCCGCCGCCGCUGCUGUCGCCGCCACUCCCCCUCGCCUCCCCGAGCGCCGAGCCGAGGCCGUGCGCUUCCUCGCCUGGCUGGCCACCGGCAAAGAGCCGCGCCACCGACGGCCGCUCAAUGCCCCGCGCAGCGUCGCCCAGCCUCCGAUGGGGACGGAGCGGCGGCCAGCCCGGCUGGAUCCGGGGUUCGGCCUGGCUGGCUGGAGCAGCGCCGCCGCCGAAGCCCCCGCGCUGCAGCUGAAAGAGAAGGCGCCUCGCGAGAAGAUCCUCACGUUGGAAUCCAUGAACCCGCAGGUCAAGGCGGUGGAGUACGCGGUGCGGGGGCCCAUCGUGCUGAAAGCGGGCGAGAUCGAGAAGGAGCUGCGGAAGGGUAUCAAAAAGCCUUUCACAGAAGUCAUCAAGGCCAACAUUGGUGAUGCUCACGCCAUGGGACAGCAGCCCAUCACCUUCCUUCGACAGGUGGUGGCCCUUUGCACGUACCCCAACCUGCUGGACAGCCCCAGUUUCCCAGAAGACUCCAAGAAGAAGGCAAGACGGAUCUUGCAAGGCUGUGGAGGCAACAGCUUAGGUUCGUACAGCGCCAGCCAAGGAGUCAAUUGCAUCCGUGAAGACGUAGCGGCGUACAUUGAGCGGCGAGAUGGCGGCGUCCCUGCGGAUCCAGAGAACAUCUACUUGACCACAGGUGCAAGUGACGGCAUUGCUACCAUUCUCAAGAUCCUCGUCUCUGGGGGAGGAAGAACUCGGACCGGAGUGAUGAUCCCAAUUCCUCAGUAUCCUUUAUAUUCUGCUGCUAUUUCCGAAUUGGAUGCCAUCCAGGUAAACUAUUACCUGGACGAAGAGAACUGCUGGGCCCUAGAUGUGAACGAAUUACGCCGCUCCUUAUAUGAAGCCAAAGCGUAUUGUAAUCCCAAGGUCCUUUGCAUCAUUAAUCCUGGAAACCCCACAGGUCAAGUUCAAAAUAGAAAAUGUAUUGAAGAGGUGAUACACUUUGCCUGGGAAGAGAAACUGUUUCUUCUGGCUGAUGAGGUGUAUCAAGACAACGUUUACUCGGAGAACUGCCAGUUCUACUCCUUCAAAAAAAUCCUUUACGAGAUGGGACCCGAUUACUGGAAUAAUGUUGAACUCGCUUCUUUUCAUUCCACUUCCAAGGGCUACAUGGGCGAGUGUGGCUACCGAGGAGGCUAUAUGGAGGUGAUAAACCUGCACCCAGAAAUUAAAGGGCAGCUACUUAAGCUCCUCUCUGUCCGUCUGUGCCCACCCGUCUCAGGUCAAGCUGCUAUGGAUGUUGUCGUGAACCCUCCUGUCCCUGGAGAAGAAUCCUAUGCCCAGUUCAUUAAGGAAAAGGAGUCGGUCUUGAACAACCUGGCGAUGAAAGCCAAACUCACCGAAGAUUUGUUCAAUCAAGUGCCAGGGCUCCACUGCAAUCCACUUCAAGGGGCCAUGUAUGCCUUCCCACGGAUUUUUAUCCCUGCCAAAGCCAUUGAAAUAGCGGAGGCCCAUCAAAUGGCUCCUGACAUGUUCUACUGUAUGAAACUUUUAGAAGAAACUGGAAUCUGUGUUGUACCCGGAAGUGGGUUUGGCCAAAGAAAAGGAACGUAUCACUUUAGGAUGACGAUUCUCCCACAAGCCGAGAAACUAAAGAUCUUAUUGAAGAAAGUGAAAGAUUUCCAUAUAAAUUUUCUGGAGGAAUACUCUUAAAAUAAAGACUCUUUUUUUUUAGACUGUAUUUUUGAAAGUGUAUUCAAGCCGUGAGAGAGAAAAAUAUGCUUUUUAGAGGGGGCUGUCUUUUUUAAAAAAAUCAAAUUCAUGGUGGAAUUACAAUUACUGGAGCUUCAGUUUGAUAGAAAAGACUAGUAAAAUACUUGAACAAACUUACAAUACUAAGAUGCGGGAAAUGCGUUCAAAGAUUGAUUAAUGCAGUCAUUGGUUGCAAAGUGGGAUGUUGCAAAAUUUGCCUUUGUCCCACAGUUAUGAAAGCCAAACUUGAUUAGGUUGGAUGUUCGGGUGUUGAUAAACAAUCUUCUAUGCUUUUCUUUCAAAAUAGAAGAUACCACACUAUCCCUUUCUACCAAACCAACUCAGAAAACUAGAGUUGUACAAGUAAACUAAAGGCAGAGAUGAUUUUGCACUCUUCUGGUCAAGCCUGUCUGAUGGGAGUUAGACAGAAACCUUUUGCAAAUAGAAGUAUUGCAAUCUCCUUUUUCGGGAUGAAAUAAGAGGCCCAAGAUUUUGUUCUGACCAUCAGAGAAUGAACUGAGUGCCUUUUGAAUUCCUGACGAGAUUGCCUCCACGUGUAAAAUACAACAUUUCUCUUCUUUGAUCAGAAGAAAGCUCAUGUUAUCUGCUUUCAACCAAGGCUGGGCAAUGCAUAGAAGGAAAGGAACUGGAAAGAGAUGUAGGGGACUAUAAUACUACUUAAAUUCCUAUCUAAUUUUAGCCAGCUGUUUCCAAGAUAGAAUUAGUGUGUCUAAGCUUCCUUUGGCCAUGAUGAGUGUGAGGUCUUAAGAAAUUGGGAGGCAAUGAAGCAAAAGAAGAAGACGAUGGCCCUGUUGGGGUAUUGGAUUAUAUCUUUGCACGGUAAACACAAGUUGAUAAUAGAAGAACAUUUGCACAUUUGUUGAUUUUCUUGAUCACUGUUGUUUAUGAAAAGGUUUCUGAUUGCUCUUGAAUAAUUGUAAAGAGGCCAAUGUAGACAAAAUUGAGCAAUAA